AUGGAUCGCUUCGACUCCCUGGCGAAUACCCUGUCAAACCUGACUGUUUAUGACCUCAAGAGCAUGUACAACCAAGCCAAAAAUGUUGUGCUUAAUAUCAGCGAGAUGGAGUCCAAGGUCAGGGAGGCGACUAAUGAUGAACCUUGGGGUGCCAGUUCCACAUUAAUGCAAGAAAUUGCUCAAGGGACGUUCAACUUCCAAAACUUCAAUGAGAUCAUGCCAUGUAUAUAUGCCCGGUUCAUGGAAAAAGAGGCCCGGCAAUGGAGACAGAUCUACAAGGCACUCCAACUACUCGAAUACUUAAUCAAACACGGCAGUGAGAGAGUUGUCGAUGACUCUCGCUCCCACAUCUCUACGCUCAAGAUGCUCAGAAAUUUCCAUUACAUAGAUGACAAAGGCAAAGAUGAGGGCCAGAAUGGUAUGCAGUCGACAGCGAGUCAAUGGACACCUCUGACGCAUUGCGCAUAUAGUCCGUAA